AACACUGUAAUUAUCAAUGAACAAAUGAAAUACGGCAACGUCACGCACAUGAAGUGGAGAAGUUAAGUGAUUGAUCAUUCUCUUUCGGCAUUUUAUAAAAAUUAGUGAAUUUACAAAUUAUAUCUGUAUUUUAUAACAAAAUAAUGGCAGAUAAUAAGAGCCCUGAUGAUCUCUCGACCGCGAUCCUCCGUCGCAAGGACAGGCCCAAUCGUCUGAUCGUUGAGGAGGCGGUCAGCGAUGACAACUCGGUCGUCGCGUUAUCACAAGCAAAAAUGGAGCAGCUACAAUUAUUCCGCGGCGACACAGUCCUGCUGAAGGGCAAGCGGCGCAAGGAGACAGUGUGCAUAGUGCUCUCCGAUGAUAAUUGCCCAGAUGAGAAGAUCCGCAUGAAUCGCGUAGUCAGGAACAACCUCCGCGUCCGUCUCUCCGACGUGGUGUCAAUAGCGCCUUGCCCCUCUGUCAAGUAUGGCAAGCGGGUCCACAUACUGCCUAUUGAUGACUCCGUUGAAGGGUUGUCUGGUAAUCUCUUCGAAGUAUAUCUGAAGCCGUACUUCAUGGAAGCGUACAGGCCCAUUCACCGCGAUGAUACGUUUAUGGUGCGCGGAGGUAUGCGCGCCGUAGAAUUCAAAGUCGUGGAGACAGAUCCAUCACCAUACUGCAUUGUGGCGCCUGAUACCGUCAUACAUUGCGAAGGAGAGCCGAUCAAACGUGAGGAAGAAGAGGAAGCACUAAACGCUGUGGGCUACGACGACAUUGGCGGGUGUCGCAAGCAGCUCGCACAGAUCAAAGAGAUGGUGGAACUGCCACUGCGUCACCCGUCGCUAUUCAAAGCAAUUGGUGUGAAGCCACCCCGUGGUAUUCUGCUCUACGGACCUCCCGGUACCGGCAAAACUCUCAUCGCUCGUGCAGUGGCCAACGAAACUGGUGCAUUCUUCUUCCUCAUCAACGGUCCGGAGAUCAUGUCGAAACUGGCUGGCGAGUCAGAAUCCAACCUGCGCAAGGCUUUCGAGGAGGCGGACAAGAACUCCCCGGCCAUCAUAUUCAUUGACGAGCUGGACGCCAUUGCGCCCAAGAGAGAGAAGACGCACGGUGAAGUGGAGCGCCGUAUAGUAUCGCAGCUGCUGACGCUCAUGGAUGGCAUGAAGAAAUCAUCGCACGUAAUCGUAAUGGCGGCCACCAAUCGCCCGAACUCCAUCGACCCGGCGCUGCGUCGGUUCGGCCGUUUCGACCGCGAAAUUGAUAUUGGUAUACCAGACGCGACUGGCCGGCUCGAGAUUCUUCGUAUACACACCAAGAACAUGAAGCUAGGCGAUGAUGUUGAUCUCGAACAGAUCGCGGCAGAGUCCCACGGUCACGUCGGCGCCGAUCUGGCGUCGCUCUGCUCGGAGGCGGCUCUGCAGCAGAUCCGUGAGAAGAUGGACCUCAUCGAUCUUGAGGACGACCAGAUCGACGCGGAGGUGCUCAACUCGCUGGCCGUGUCUAUGGAUAACUUCCGGUAUGCAAUGACGAAGUCGUCGCCGUCGGCGCUCCGCGAGACGGUAGUGGAGGUGCCGAACGUGACGUGGGGCGACAUCGGCGGCCUGCAGAACGUGAAGCGCGAGCUGCAGGAGCUGGUGCAGUACCCGGUCGAGCAUCCGGACAAGUUCCUGAAGUUCGGCAUGCAGCCGUCGCGCGGUGUGCUCUUCUACGGACCGCCUGGUUGCGGUAAAACUCUUCUGGCUAAGGCCAUUGCCAACGAAUGCCAGGCGAACUUUAUUUCAGUGAAGGGCCCUGAAUUGCUCACUAUGUGGUUUGGUGAAUCUGAAGCCAACGUGCGAGACAUCUUUGAUAAGGCACGGUCGGCGUCUCCAUGCGUACUAUUCUUCGACGAGCUGGACUCCAUCGCCAAAUCUCGCGGUGGCUCAGUGUCUGAUGCUGGCGGCGCCGCGGACCGAGUCAUCAAUCAGAUCCUCACAGAGAUGGACGGCAUGGGUGCUAAGAAGAAUGUUUUCAUCAUCGGUGCGACGAACCGUCCGGACAUCAUAGAUCCGGCGAUCCUGCGGCCGGGCCGCUUGGACCAGCUCAUCUACAUCCCACUGCCAGACGAGAAGUCGCGCGAGGCCAUCCUCCGCGCCAAUCUGCGCAAGUCUCCAAUCGCCAAGGACGUGGACCUGUCUUACAUCGCUAAGGUGACACAAGGGUUCAGCGGUGCAGAUUUGACAGAGAUUUGCCAGCGGGCGUGCAAACUGGCCAUCCGGCAGGCCAUCGAGGCUGAGAUACACCGCGAACGCGCCCGCCAACAACAGCCGGCCGCCGCCGUCAUGGACAUGGACGAAGAGGACCCAGUGCCGGAGAUCAGUCGCGCUCACUUCGAGGAGGCGAUGAAGUUCGCGCGCCGCUCCGUCUCUGACAACGACAUCCGCAAGUACGAGAUGUUCGCGCAGACGCUGCAGCAGAGCCGCGGCUUCGGGACGAAUUUCAGAUUCCCGACGAGCGGAGGCAACACAGGCGGCACGGGCACCUCCGGCGGCGAUCAGCCAACCUUCCAAGAAGAGGGCGGCGACGACGACCUCUACAGCUAAGCGGUCUCCUCAACCACACGCUCGCUCCAUUCUCCACCAAACCACUAAGGAUACAUGAGCUGUCACAUGAAAACUACGGCGUUCACAUAGGUUUUACCACGUGUUUAUGUGAACGUUGCAAUCUCAUUUCCACUUAACGCGUUAGGUAAAGCUUAUGUGUGAUCUGUCAAUACAAUUAUGGAAUACCCGUUGAUCGGGUCCCAUGAAUAUGUUUCCUGUAUUGUCCAAACCAGUGAGAAAGAGAUAGUGGCAACGGGCGAGAUAUCGAUAAUCGAGGCGGUACCCAGUUCUAGGACUGACUUAUUACUAAUUAAGGUUUAUCGGUUUAGUAAUUCCAACAGGCGUGUCGGAGACGAGGCGUGCACCGUUCACAUUUAAAACUAUAUUUGUCUCCCGCAACGCGCAAGUUUGACUGUGUGCGGCGAUUUGUCAAAAAAAUCCACUGAUCUAUAUCUUAUAUGAAUAAAAUGUAAAUGUAAUUUAUUUUGUAAUUCAAUCAUUCGAUAGCAUUUCUGUUCCGAUUCGCUUAUAUUUUAGUUGUAAUCAAAUAAUGUUUGUGGUAAGCUCGCUCGGCGGGCGCGUAAGAUGAUCAUACGAUAUAAUUAUAGAAUAAUUGUUAAUUGUAUUUGCCAGAUCCUGUGCGUAGUCGUUAGCUCCGGUGCCGUGGCAUCGCCGCUGACAUUAUACAAUAUCGCAGUGGUUUUUUAAUAAAAGAUUUUUAUAGACUAA